CAAUCUGACUGAAGCCGCGAAGUUGGUUGCAAUUGUUUUUUAUUCGCGUUCUAUUUUUGUGUGUGACGGUUCUGUCCGGCAAAAGGAUUUGAUUUUCCAUUUAAUUUUGAUGAUUUUCCUUUAAAUAUCGCCGGAUAUACACCAACAUCCUCCCGAUUGCGAAAAAUAUUAAGAUGCAGAACGGAGAAGAGACAGCGGCGCCGGCCGAAAACAUCCCGGCAGUAGUUCCCGAAGAGGUGACGAAGCAAUCCUUCCGGAUCAAAGUAUGGCGUCACUUGGAGAACAACAGUCUGGCCAUGUUCCCCCGCCCUGUCUACAAUCGGAUCCCCAACUUCAAGGGAGCCCCCGAGGCAGCCGCGAGGUUGGCUGAACUGGAUGUUUUCAAGAAUGCCAACACUGUAAAAGUGAACCCGGAUAAACCACAGGAGUCAGUCAGAGUGAUAUGUUUGGAGCAGCAAAAGACUCUAUAUGUGCCCGUGCCACGGCUGCAGACUGGCUUCCUCAACAAGAUCGUACUGCCGGAAGGUGAACCCGGCCCUACCGCGUACCGUAAAGCCGUGUCACGUAAUGGCAUGGAGGUCUACGGACAGCCUAUAGGUAUUGAAGACACGGUGACCUUGGACUUGGUUGUAAUGGGCUCUGUGGCUGUCUCCAAGGAGGGUUACCGUAUUGGUAAAGGAAGAGGUUACGGCGAUUUGGAGUUUGGUCUUAUGAUGCAUAUGAAAGCUAUCAAGCCAAACACAUUGGUGGCGACCACUGUUCACGAUUGCCAGGUAUUCGAUACAUUCCCAGCGCAGUUGUUUGGUCCUCAUGAUGUGCCCAUCGAUCUUAUUGUCACGCCAACACAGGUGAUAGAAACGCAGCGCAUGAGCCAGCGGCCGACUGGCAUACUGUGGCACUUGCUGUCCAACAGACGUGUGCAACUCAUGCCGAUACUCGGACAACUGAGAGAUAUUGAAAUGCUUACUGGUCGCGCUUGCACACUGAAGGAAGUGGACACGGACGUGGAGGAGCGUCCUCAGGGCCGGCCGCGUCGCCCGCGACGUCGCACAAGAUCCACCAAGAGUCACAGCGAGGGAGAGGGUGGUAAUACCACCGAAGGUGAGGAAGCAAAGAUCGGCAAAGCGCGUCGUGCAGCACGUCGCCGACACAGCACCAAGUCUAAAGACGGCAAAGAGGGCAAGGACAACGAGAAGCCGCGCCGCCCGCGCAGACCCAGGCCGGAUAUUGAAUUCUCUGUCAAGAUAUCAAACAUCAGUCCAACGACACGUGUACGCGAUCUCAAGCAGGCGCUGUCUGAGCGCGGCGUCAAGCCGCAGAUCAUGGUCUGGAAGGGCUUCCGUGGUUUCUGUUAUCUGCACUUCUUUAAACCGGUUCCUCAAAAAGGCGAAGGCGACAGCGCGCCUGCGAUCAAUAUGGACAGCGUGCUGAAUGCGCUGGCGCAGAUGUCGCUGGGCGGCAGCGGGGGCGGCGCGGGCGCGGCGGCGGGCGGGGCGGGGGGC